AUGACCCAUGUAUAUAAGAAUACGCAAGUUUCUUCUCCUGAAAGUUGGAAUAUAGUACACAAGAAAGACUGUAACUCUGUCAUCUUACCAUCCACAUUCCACUACCCGUCUUCAAUGAUAAUGUUGCCGUUUUCACGUGCCGCCGUGCACCUAUCGAGAACUAGACAUUCCUCUCUAGUCUCACUAAGACAUGCACUUGCAAUUCCUCAAAGGGUGCAAUACUCUCACCACCGUCACUACUCUACCAAUACCGAAAAGACUGCAAAAACUGGUUCUGAAAAGGAUCCCAAGUCUCAAGCUAGAAAGGAUUUAGGAAAGUCCUUCUUGUCUACAACAGCCAUACUAUUCAUUGGUGCCUUGGUGGGAACAUCAUGGGCCUCAUUCCAGCUAUGCAAGAAUCCGCCUGAGUUUUUAUUCCCACAUACAUCGACAUUCCCGCUAAAGAAUGCCAUGCCGCCACUAUAUGGGGAUUCCCAGAAGGUCAUUGACGAGUUGAAACCGCUUCUGCGAGAAGACCAAAUCACAAUUUCAAAGAGUGAACUCGAUACACAUUCCGAUGCUUAUUUCUCCACAGACCACCCGAGCGAUGAGGAAAGACCAGAUGCUAUUGUCUAUCCUGAAUCGACCGAACAGGUUUCCCAGAUCCUCAAAAUAGCCCAUAACCAUCACGUUCCAAUUGUCCCCUACACUGGUGGCACCUCAUUGGAGGGACAUUAUAUUCCAACUAGGAAGGGUAUCUGUGUUGAUUUGUCUAGGUUAAACAAAGUUUUGGCUUUACAUAAGGAAGAUUUGGAUAUUGUUGUCCAACCAGCAGUUGGUUGGGAAGAUCUGGAUGAGUUUUUAAGACCUCAAGGUCUUUUAUUUGGACCUGAUCCAGGACCUGGCGCUUGUAUUGGUGGUAUGUGUGGUACAUCUUGUUCUGGAACUAAUGCUGCGAGAUAUGGUACAAUGAGAGAAAAUGUGGUCUCAUUAACUGUGGUCUUGGCUGAUGGUACCAUCAUCAAAACAAAGAGAAGACCAAGGAAGUCAUCUUCUGGUUAUAACUUGACUAACUUGUUUGUCGGUAGUGAAGGUACUUUGGGUAUUGUCACAGAAGCAACUUUGAAACUACACGUUGCUCCAAAAUUUGAAAACGUGGCAGUUGUUAAUUUCCCUACAUUGAGGGAUGCCGCCAAUGCAGUUGCCAAAAUCGUCCAGUCCGGUUUACAAGUCAAUGCUUUGGAAAUGUUGGAUACCGAAAUGAUGCAAUUCGUCAACCAAUCUGGUAAUGUCACCAAGAAAUAUGCAGAGUCGCCAACUUUAAUGAUGAAAUUGGGAGGUAAUUCCAAGACUGUGGUUGAUGCGCUUACUAAGGAUGUGAAGAGUAUCUGUACCGAGUGUAACAUUGGUCGCAAGGAUUUCAGAUUUGCCGAAGAUGAGGAGGAAAAGGAGGAAUUAUGGACUGCCAGAAAAGUUGCACUUUGGUCAACUCUAGAUGCAGGUAAGGAAAAAUUGGGUCAAGAUGUUCAACUGUGGACAACCGACGUGGCAGUUCCAAUUUCUAAGCUGGUUGACAGCUUGGAGAACACUAGAAGGUUACUCAAUGAAGCCGGAUUCAUGUCUUCCAUAGUUUCGCAUGCAGGUGAUGGUAAUUAUCACGCCUUUAUUGUGUACGACAAAAAGGAUUACGUAAAAGCUGCAAAUGUCGUCAAAGAAAUGGUCCAUCAUGCCCUCGAGUUGGAUGGGACAGCAACUGGUGAACACGGUAUUGGAAUAGGUAAGAGAGAAUUCUUGAGAGAAGAACUAGGGGAUGCCCCAAUUGAUUUGAUGAGGAAGAUCAAAUUUGCCCUUGAUCCAUUGCUAUUAUUAAACCCAGACAAAGUAUUCAAAAUUGACCCUGAAGACACAAGAUUAUCUUGA